CGGCAGACACCCUAGAUCAAUACUCCUCUCUCCGAGAGCUCAAUCAUCGGUCCUAUAAUCACUUGUUUACCCUGAUCACAAGAUGUGUAGCAAUAAUACAGACAUGCUUGCUGCUGUCAAUGAGUUCCCAGACUGCCUCAUUAAAUCACAGCGAGUUGUGUGUAAUGUUCAGCAAGGGGGAUAACUCCAAAUCUUGGCAUUAGAAUUUCCUGUUGAACGUAGGCUGGUGGAGAUGCAUCUGUGGAUUAAGUGGCGGUGAUACUUUAAAUGUUUGUACACUGUGGUGGUAGACCAAUGUGGUGGUGGAUGUGUGGUGCAUUGACAAUAUCAUGGUGAUUGCUAGAUAUGGAGAGAACACCUAUAUCAGUAUAUUUUGCUCAAUAACAAGAAUUUAACACAAAGUAUGGAGCUACUGGCAUAUAAUCAAGCAAAAUUUGCCAAUGUAAUUCAGAAUAUAAAACUGGAAUUGCAAGAAAAAGGUUAUGUUCAUGGGAAGAAUAUACAGAAUGAAAAUCAGAUGCUUGAAGAUAUGAGUCCUACCACCAAAUCUGUCCGCGACUCAAAAACACUCCUGACAGAAAUGAGGGCCCAGAAUUUUGAUGUCAUUCGAUUUGCCACCUACAGAACAGCCUGUAAAUUGAGGUUCAUUCAGAAGAAGACUAACUUAUCCCUAGUGGACAUCUGGAACAUCAUCGAAUCCUUCAGGGAGAAUGGUUUGAACACCCUGGAGCCCGAUUCUGAGUUGAACUCAUCUCGAGUUGAGGCCAUCAUCUCGAGUUUGUUCUGUAAUCUCAACAAACGUCUUCCUUCUACACAGCAAGUCAAUGCAGACCAGUGUGUAAACAUAUUGUUACAUUGGAUCAUAUCAGCCUACGACAGAGAGGGUUAUGGCAGAAUGAGCGUCUUCUCCCUGAAAGUUGCUCUUUCCCACCUCUGUUCAGGGAAGCUAAUGGACAAACUGAGGUAUAUCUUCACCCAGAUAUCAGACUCGAGCGGUAACAUGGUGUGGCAUCGAUUUGAGGACUACCUCAGGGCCCUGCUUGCCCUUCCAGCAGCCAUGUUUGAGGGGCCGUCCUUUGGAUAUAAUGAAACAGCUCCUAAAAGCUGCUUUGAUAAAAAUACUCCUGUGAAUGUAAACGAUUUCCUGAAUGUGAUGAUGGCGGACCCCGGACCACAAUGCCUAAUGUGGCUUCCUAUCCUCAGCAGGAUGCCACAGGUUGAAAAUGUAUUUCAUCCGGUGCAGUGUGAGGGGUGUAACCGAGAGUCCUUUAUGGGGUUUCGAUACAAAUGUCAGCGGUGCUGCAACUACCAAUUGUGCCAAGACUGCUUCUGGAGGGGGCGUACUUCUGGUAACCAUAGCAACGACCAUCAGAUGAAGGAAUUUACAGUCUAUAAAUCUCCAGCAAAGCAGAUAGGACACAACCUGAAGAAGACAUUUAAAUGUGUGCCAAACAAAUCUACGCAGUCAGAACUCCCACAAUUCCCUGAGACACCAGAAAAAACGAUCGACCUCUCGUAUAUCAUGAAUCUGCCAUUCGAAGAAGUCAUGUCAUUGCUGAAACCCCCAUCUUCUCAUCAUCAUCCGCCUAGGAAUGGUUUCCACGACUCUCUUCUGAAUCAGACAGUCAACUCUGUACCACUAACCGGAGAAGAGAACCAGAAAAGUCCCAGAAAGAUCACCGCUAGCGUGGAGUCUAUUCAUGUGGACGACGAACAUCGCCUCAUUGCCCGGUACGCAGCCAGACUUGCAGCAGAUGCUGAAAAUACGGCAAGAAGUCCAACCGAGUUGAACUUCAGUUUGGAUUCCAACAAAGCACAAAGGGAACUAAUAUCCCAACUGGAGGCAAAAAACAGGGAGAUUAUGAGGGAAAUCUACCGACUGCGGUCAGAGCAAGAGGCUCAUGCCAUUUGUACAGAAACUGCACAGUAUAACCCAACGCUACUGGCAGAAUUACGACAGCUCAGGCAGCGGAAAGAUGAGCUCGAGUCAAGAAUGUCGUCUCUCCAAGACAGCAGGAAGGAACUCAUGGUACAGCUCGAGGGACUCAUGAAACUGCUGAAGACUCACCCCACUUCCCCACGAACAGUACCCACAGACUCUACCCCCCACCACCAGACCCAGUCCCAAUCCCUCCCUGACCGGUACGCAGCCCCAAGUGUUCCCACCACUCCGGCCAUGGAGUCCUCUAUGUUGGCAGGGGUGGGGGGUGAAGUCCAUCAGGCGUUCUACAACCCGGGACCUGUCGAGAAUGUCAGACUGAUCCGGAAUGACCUCAUGUGUGCUGCUGACUCGGUCACCAGUGCAAUGUCCUCACUGGUCAAAGAACUCAACUCAGAGGCCAGUAGCAGCGAUGAAGACGAUGACAACAUUGCCAGACAGGAAGCUAACCUAGAGAUGGCAGAUGCCUACAUCGUGGAAUCACAAGAUGAGGUGGACAGUUGGCAAGAUGAAAUUCUACACCACAUGGAUCAGGACCAGGACUUUUUGUCCCAGCUUAAGGCGCGUCGGAACAGGAGCAGCAAUCAGAGUGACAGUGAAACAGAUCUCUCUCUUCCUCACCCCUCCCACACCUCACAUACAGACAGUGUCCCGCCAUAUUCCUCGGCAUCCAGUAACAACCAAGAGGGAACGGAGGACGGGGACUCCAUUGAGCAGGGUGACGACGAUGCAGAGCUCUACGACAAUCAUCCCAAGGAGCUGCCCAACAGGAUGACCUCGAGCACCCACACCACAGAUGAUGAGAGCUACCUCCAGUCAGACGCAGACUCGUACAUUCGGACGGACGACGAGGAGAGUAGCAAUACAGACUGGGAGGAGUCCAUGAAGAGAUGGGUCAACAGAUAGACAGACAGACACAGUACAAUCUGUGUACAGAGAGACUGCCAGGCCAUUUAGUAAAGUGAAUGGUGUAGUGUGACUGAAAGAAGGGAUUGUGCAAUCUUAGAAGUGCAGCACACUAAGGGUUUUAACCCUGAAAACCAAAGAGGUCUUAAUUCCGCUAAUCAUGUAAUCAGACACUGCAACACAUGAUACUACUGAAGUGCUGAUAAAGGGCAGGACCUAUCCCAGUAUUGAACUUUGUAUAAAAGGAAACACAUUCUUGCAAAUCCAUUUUAAUUACUUUUUUUGUUACAUCUAUUUGAGAAGAGGAAAACCCAGGGCAGUGAUCCAAAACUGUGUUAAUGAAAUUUUUGGGUUGGUUGUUUUUUUGUUUUUUUUCAUGUAGAUUGGUGUGCAAUAAUUCUUUCUAACAUCUGAAUUUAUCCUUUGUUUUAUGCAUUUCUUAUUUAUUAUGAUUUAACCAAAAGCAUGUAUUUCAGCAAUCCUUUAACAUAACCUGUUCAUCAAACAAAGGUUUAUAACUCUAAUUUGUUUUUAAAUAAUAUGAUGUUGAGCUCAGUAACUUGAAUUGCAUAUUAAAAUUUAUUUCUAACAUGAAAAAAAAAAACAUUUACAGAAAAAUAAAACUGGUGCAUUGUAUAACAGUCUUUCAGAAGAAAUCUAGCUAGCUUGAACACUACAGGGACUAGGAAAUAAUUAAUGGCUGUGAGUUUAACUGAGCAACAACAGUUUCAAGAUCAUACGCAACAUUUCUCAAUAAUAAAUAAUUUUUCACGACAUCAGGUAUAUUUCACUUUCACUUCUUAUCUUGUUUUUACAAAAAAAUUGGCGUAAAUUUGAUACCUGGUAUGUUUUAGAUUUUAAUAGUAUAUUUUGAUAGUUUCUGGUUGUGGCAAGUAAAAAUGUAAAGGUUGUAUAAAUGGACAUUACUAAGUUAUUGUGGCAAAGAAGGGGAGAAAAAUCUUUGGAUCAAUCUGGGAUCAAACCAGAGACCCUUGCAUUACUAGAUAGUUGUCAGAUCUAUAACCUCUAAGCUGACCAGACCGAUGUACGAAGUAUAGUAAUAUUAUUAUAAUUUAGACUAUAAACCUAUUUCGGAAGUCAUACAAAAACUCUUCUUAUCAAGGAGAUUAAAAAUCAUUUAAGAAAAAAUGGUAGAAACGUCACGCAUGAUCUGAAGGAGGUUCAAAUUGAUGGUCAAAUAUUUGUACCGUUAUACAAGAUAUAAGCAUGCCAAGGUACGCAUUCAUUCAUUUAUUUUACAGAAGUCAUUAAUUAGAUAAUUUGUACCGUUAUACAAGAUAUAAGCAUGCAAAGGUACGCAUUCAUUCGUUUAUUUUACAGAAGUCAUUGAUUAGAUAAUAAUUUGUACCGUUAUACAAGAUAUAAGCAUGCAAAGGUACGCAUUCAUUCAUUUAUUUUACAGAAGUCAUUGAUAGAUAAUUGUCCCGUUAAAUCAGUCCCUCUAUUUUAUUAUAUCUCUAGUCCAUAUAGGUCUACCUCUGUGUUUUAUCAGCCUCCACAGUGAAGAGCUCCGUGUCAACAGGGAAAACAUUGUAUAUCAUAAAAUGGAAAACAGUGUUUUAUCACAUGUUGGAAGGCUUAAGAUGUGUGUUAUCAUUCAUUAUUAAAUUUGGAUUUCCUCGUUGCAUGAAAUACAUUUGUCAUACAAUGUGUAUUAGUUAUUUUAAUUAGCAGAUUUUUGUUUGGGAGAAGAUAAAUUAAGAAUUCAGAGAUGAUUGAGAUUAAAGGAGAACUGUCUAAUUGGGUUACUCCUCUUUCACUAUACCACAAUACACUGGUUUUUUUAAUAUUUAUAUGUUUCCAUAGUUAACUCUUUUUUUUUCUUUUCUUUUUUUUCUUUUUUUUUUUUUUUUAGAUUUUUUUAUAUUUAGAAUAGUACUCAUAAUUAAUUUCUAGUUAUUAUUUUUAUGGAUAUAUGUUGCAAACGAUCUUUAUAUUUAGAUUUAUGGUGAUAUAUUUAUCAAGUACAUGUACUAAAUACUGUGCCUGUUUAUAUGAAAUAUAAAGCAAUAUUAUCACAACUUUUCAAAUGGCAAACUACAAGUUUCAACAUUAAGAACAGGAGAGUAGAUAUGUAGUUAUAUAUAGAAAGAUUCAUAAAACCUUGAUUUUUUCCAUCGUUAAAGGGCUAUACAUUCUCUUCCAUUUUUUAACACAUAAUUCAUAACUGUGGAAUCAUUGUAUAGUGUUGAGAUCUCUUCCAUUGGCAAAGUUUAUCUACUAUCUUGCAACCUAUAUAUUUACAUUUUCAAUGUAUUUGCAUUUGAUAUCUUCCCAGAUUUCCUCAUGAAUGUGCUGCAGUUGUUGAUGAUAAAUAAAUAUAGUACUUCUAUUUUGAUGAUUGGGAAUUCGGACAGAAAUGAAAGUAGAAUGUAAAUAUAAGAAAUGAAUUUCAAUUUUCGGAGAUACAUGAAGGCAUGGCCUGCAACACUUCACACCGGCAUACUUUUCAUGAGGGGCCAACACACUUCAUGAAGUAUGCCAACAUGAAAAUGCAUACCCUCAUGUAUAUUCAAAAAUAAAAUUUGUAUCAAUUUCUUAAAUGAACAAUAAUAUAACCAUAAUGUAAUUCUCAAAUUGUCAAUGAAAUUAUUAGAUUUCAGCAAUCAGGGGUAUUUGACCCCAAAAAAUUUGUUUCGAUGAUUCCACAAUACUCUAUAUGUUCUCAAUUAUUGCCAGUGUGUACUUCUAUGUAAAUGAUUUAUGAUUCAUGAAUUGAUAGGGCUAUGUACGCGCUUUGUUUGAUCACAGAACUACUUUGUCAUACACCGUUCCACUCUAGCUAUUCUGUGAUGCCAUGAUAUGGCUCUCUGAGGUUGUGUUCUUUCAUUGUAAUACAAUGGCUGUAGUUUGUUCUAGAGGGGUUGUAAGUAAUUUUACAAUGGUUGUAAUUAAUUUUACAAUUGUUGUAAUUGCAGUGUACUUUUACAAUGACUAAGUAAUUUUACAAUGGUUGUAAGUAAUUUUACAAUGAUUGUAAUUAAUUUACAAUGGUUGUAAGUAAUUUUGCAAUGGUUGUAAUUUGUACAACAGUGGUAGUCAAUUUACUAUAGUGGUCUACCAUUUCAUCAAUCAUUGGAGUUCUACAUUUUGAUACUUGUAAAUUAUUUAUAUUCUUAAACCAUUGAGAUUUGUUAUUACUAUGGAAACCAGUUGUUACUUGUUUUUGAUAUGAAGCUGUCCAUUUUAACAAAAGCUGAACCAUGUUUAAUACAUUGGAUCAAAUAAAUCAUAUUAAUUUGA